AUGAGGCUGCUCGACACACUCCCUUUAUUGGGACUAGCGGUCACAGCCCUCUCGACCGAACAAGGUGUUCCGGAGGACACUUUCCACGAGUCUUUGACCUUGCAUCCGCUCCCGGACGGCAAACUCAGUGUCCUUUUCCAGUUCACCACACACUUCUCCCUCCACAACAAUGCAGACGGCGAACGCUUCGAGGAGUCACAUCACUCGUUGACACCACCGGGGUUGCUGCUUCCACUUGAACGAAGUGGGGCGUCUGAGGUCACGGUGUCCUUUACGUCCGGGCAGUGGCAACAGACCCGCUUCGGAGAGACUGGUCCGUUGCAUUACGACACUGGAGGUGCGGGAGGAGAGAUCCGGGCGUGGCUGAAGGAGGGAGGAGGCGACACGGAUGAGGCGUGGGACAGCGUCCGACAGGCCCUUGGUGGACUGUUCUGCGCGGGUAUCGGCUCGCAGCACACGGGAGCGACUGUGAGGACGUACGGCAAUCAGGCAAACCUGACGCCCUUCCUUUCCCUCCUGCCUUCUAAGGGCCAGAGCGGACUUAGCAAGCUCCUCGCUCGACCUGGCAACGUUCUUAGCUGGGGCUUCAAAACGGAGGGCAUUCACGUCGUGAUGCCCUCCGAGGGCAAGCAGGGCCAGUGGACGGGAUGGUGGGAGGGUAUCGUCGAUCUUGUCCCCGAGCGAGGCGGAUCGAGGGAGUUCACCAUCAGCUCGGUGUUCAAGGAGAAUCUGCCUCGGCCGUUCCCGCGUGCGUCCUCCUCCAUUCUGCGGGUGAUCAAGCCGAACGAUCCCAACUUCAGCAUCGAUCACACUCCCAAGCGUGAGAAGCAGCAGUUCGUCGACGGCCGCUACCGCGACAUCGCCGAAUGGGACCUGAAGGACAAGAGCCUCGCGGGCCAGGACAUAAAGUUCUCCUGGGACGGCGAGGGCAACUUCGUGUAUCCGCAGAUAUUCGAGCCGCCGGCGAUCACGAUCUCGCGAGCCGUGACGGACCGCUAUGCCGGUGACGGGACGUUCCACAUCGAGAUCGACAACCAUGGCGACGAGGAUCGCGAGGCGCUCUACAGCGAGUUCUGGCCGUGGUGGGUCAAGGGCUGGAUUAGCGAGAUGAGCGUGCGCUCUGUCUCCCGUUCCGGCAACGAGUCCGACACGCUGCAUGCGUUCAACUAUCUCCCGUCCAUUCCGCCAACUUCUUCGACGACUACGCUCCGACUCCGCCUUACGCUCCCCGCGCAGAGCACGACGACGAUCGAGGUGCCCUUCACAAAACUGAUGCUGAAGUACACCGACCACGUCCCCGACGCUGAGCGAGGAAGAGAAAUCUCGUCCUCCGUUCUGGCUAUGCUCGACGUACGGGGCGAGGAGGGCUGGGGCACCAGCCGCAAGACGGGCGGCAAACCCGUCAUCGGCGAGCGGGACGAGCUCCGCACAGCCCGCACACGGAUAUAUGGCCCGAAGCUGCUUGUAGACAUCCCCGUGCCCGACUUUUCGAUGCCGUACAACGUCAUCAUCAUGAGCUGCACCAUCAUGGCCAUCUUCUUCGGAUCCGUCCAUGGCCGGCUCGUGCGCAAGUGGGCGUGGCUGUAUGACUCUAAGGGCCUCGAGGUCACCGAGGAGGUUGACGUGAAGAAGGACGAGUGA